GUAGCCACCGGUCUGUGGCGGUUCGGGGAGCGGUUCCCCCCCCGCCGAUUUCACGCUGUUGCGGUGCUUGCUUGUGGGUUUUUGUGGUCUCCGAAAGGUAUCGACGUCGGGGCGAUGCGCCGCACGUGUGAGACGAGCUGGGAGGGCCGGCGGGAGCCCUGCCUGGCCCUGCCCCGCAGCGGCGGGCGGACCGUGCUGGGGAUGCUUACCGGGAGCGGGCAGCAGCGGCCCGGCGGCCAGGGUGCCAAUGUUCUUGGAUGCUUUUCUGGCUCUGAAAAUACCAUCCCUUCACAUCAAAAAGAUUCAUUACUCACCUACAUGGUCAAUGCUGUGUCAAAGCAAGGGUUUUCUAUCUAUGUGGAUGAUCCAGAGCAGAAAGAAAACUACAGCUGCCAAGUGGAUGAAGAGCUAGAAUCAAACCUGUGUGAACUGGGUACUAGUGCAGUCACAUCCAAUGUUCACCUACUGCUGGAUCUGAGUACAGGGUGUCCUAUGGUAAUGGAUAUAUCUAUCCAGUCCCAGCCUGAGGAUCACAUGGAAGAUGCCGUAACUCUGACUGUGGUAGAGUAUGCAGAAGAAAUUCAUCAAUACCUGCGAGAGGCCGAAGUAAGAUUCAGGCCCAAGCCCUGCUACAUGAGGAAGCAGCCAGAUAUCACAACAGAAAUGCGUGCCAUCUUGGUUGACUGGAUGGUGCAAGUAGGGGAAGAAUAUAAACUUCAGACAGAGACUUUGUACUUGGCAGUGAACUUCCUGGACAGGUUUCUUUCCUGCAUGUCUGUUCUCAGAGGGAAGCUGCAGCUUGUAGGAACAGCAGCACUUCUUCUGGCUGCGAAACAUGAAGAGAUCUACCCUCCAGAAGUGGAUGAAUUUCUGUAUAUAACAGACAAUGCCUACGGAAAAAGGCAGUUGCUAAGAAUGGAACACCUGCUUCUCGAAGUGUUGGCUUUUGACCUAACAGCCCCAACUAUCAACCAGUUCCUCCUCCAGUAUAUCCAGAGACAUGGAGUCUGUAUAAGGACAGAGAACUUUGCAAGGUAUCUUGCAGAGCUGAGUCUCCUUGAAGCUGAUCCUUUUCUGGGGUACCUUCCUUCACAAACUGCUGCAGCAGCCUACUGUCUAGCAAACUAUACAGUGAACAGGUCUUUCUGGCCGGAAACACUUGCUGCAUUCACUGGGUAUUCAUUAAGUGAGAUAGUGCCUUGCCUGACUGAUCUGCAUAAAGCAUGCUUUGAUGCUUCCCAUUGCCAACUGCAAGCAAUUAAGGAGAAGUAUAAGCAUUCAAAGUACUUGCAGGUGUCUCUUCUGGAUCUCCCAGCAGUUCUUCCUCAACAAUAG